UGGGAAAGCUUUCUCGAAUUAAAAACCGUCAUAAAAUCCAAGUUAAAAGAAAAAGAAACAGAGAGUACAUUAGUUUCAGAUGAUUUUGUACUGAGACACCACACAUCCAUGCCAAUGUAGGAGUGAGAAAUAAGGUGAAGUAGAUAUGUUUAAGAAUCAACUGCAGGAACUUGCACAAAGAAGCUGUUUCAAUCUUCCUUCUUAUGCCUGCGUCAGAGAAGGCCCUGAUCACGCUCCAAGAUUCAAAGCUUCAGUAAAUUUUAAUGGUGAGAUCUUUGAAAGUCCAAGCUACUGUACCACAUUAAGACAGGCUGAGCAUGCAGCUGCUGAAGUUGCUCUCAAUGUACUCUCUACAAGAGGUCCUUCAAGGUCUCUAACUGCUAGAAUUCUUGAUGAGACUGGAAUUUAUAAGAAUCUUCUUCAAGAAACUGCUCACAGGGCUGGAUUGAACCUCCCUGUAUAUACCACCGUGAGAUCAGGCCCCGGUCAUGUCCCCAUUUUUACUUGCACUGUGGAGCUUGCUGGUAUGAAUUUUACAGGUGAACCAGCCAAGACAAAGAAGCAGGCUGAGAAGAAUGCUGCAAUUGCAGCUUGGUCUGCCUUGAAAAGAAUGCCAAACUUGGAUUCAUUGACAAAUAAAGAUUUAGAGAUUCGUGAAGAACAGGAUCAAGCUAUUGUGGCAAGGGUUCUGUCAAGUUUUAGAACUAAAUAUGAAAACAGAAAUGCUAGGAGGAGGGAUCAAAACCAAGCGAGAAGGAGAAUGUUUAGGGGUCCUAGAGAGAAUGUCGCCUCUUCAUCCACUAGUUCUUUACUGCAUCAACAGUGGAGGCUCCUGGAUCUGUUAAUGGAUUCUUCUGGUUUAGAUGGUUCAACUUCAACACAAAAACAAAACAGCUUUGUAUCUCUUCUUCCUCCACCUCCACCUAGAUCAACUUCAAAGAUCUUACCACCAACUUCACAUACAUUAGCCUACCCAUCAAAUAGGCCUAUUCCACAGCAAGUUAAGGGCAACUCAAUAAUGGAAGAACAUCAAAGGAAUGAGGAAGAAUGGCUUGGUGGGAAACAAGAUAUAAUCAAGAAACACAUCGACAAGGAGGGUUCAAGCAAUUCAAAUUCAAGUCAUGUCUAUGGAACAAGUUCUUUAUACAAGCGCUUUCGUCAACCUAGUACCAGCAAGUUUAACAGUUCUAUGCUUAAUAACACAACCCACAUCAAUAAUAAUAGGCUUUUUGGGUCACUAAAUCCAUCUCCAAUCACUACAUCAACUCCCAUUAGGACUCCUUUAGCUUCUCACAUGACAAGAAGUAUGUACACUGGAGGAUUCAAUCCUCACAGGAUUGCACCAGCAGUUCAAAUUAGAUCAGUAAUCCCAGUUUGUGCAGCACCGCCACCAAUGAGAACCCCGUCAACAAAUCAACCAUCAAUGAAGGAAGCUUCAACAUCAUCUUCUACUUCUUCAGUGCCCUCACAAACAGGAGGAACAGAGGUCUCAUCAGCCGGCAGCAGUUCAGUGUUCAACAAUCCAACUCAACAACUGGGUUCUGAGUUCAACAAGCUACAAUUAUGAAGAAUAAGACAAUGAGAAUCUAAUAUCAACUCCCAUGAUAGGCAUUUUCUUGCCUGUUUAAUCACUUGAUGGAUUCUCCACUAAAUAUGUUUUUGGCCCUUUAACAAAGAAAAAAAACCAUGGUUUUGUCUCAUGGGAACUGCGGUAAAGUUUUGUAGAA